AUGUCGAGUCAACAAGCGCCUUCGCUCGACGCGAUAGCGCAGGCCGAGGCUGCUGAAGCAAGUGGCAAUGGCACCCCCGUGCCCGCCUCCCUGGAGGUCGAGGAGAACCAGGACUCACGAUCGACUUCCUCCGCGAGCUCCCCUCAGCCGGCCGAGUACGAGGAAUCGGAUUUCUACCACAACGGCAACGACUCCGAGUCUUCCCUCGGUGUCCCCAACCUGCAGGACAUGCAGGUCACCGAUGAAUACGAGUGCCUCACCCCCGUGCAGCGCCUGCCCAACGAGAUACUCAUCCAGAUAUUCGCAAAGCUGUCUGCUGCCACAGACCUGCGUCAUGUCAUGCUCACAUGCAAGCGCUGGUCCAGGAAUGCCGUCGACCUGCUAUGGCACCGCCCGGCUUGCACCUCGUGGCCCAAGCACGGUCUGAUCUGCAGCACUCUCAGCCUCCCCCAGCCGUACUACGCAUAUGCCGAUUUCAUCAAACGCCUCAACCUGGCUUCGCUCGCCGAUGGAGUUAAUGACGGCAGCGUCAUGGCCCUGGCUGUCUGCAACCGCGUCGAGAGGCUGACCCUCACCAACUGCAAGGGCCUGACCGACGGCGGCCUGAUCCCGCUCGUAACGAACAGCUCCCACCUCAUGGCCCUGGACAUCUCGGGCGACGAGGAGAUCACCGAGGAGUCCAUCAAGGUCAUUGCCGAGCACUGCAAGCGCCUGCAGGGUCUUAACAUCUCCAAUUGCACAAAAAUCUCCAACGAGUCCCUGGUCCUCCUCGCCCAGAACUGCAGGUAUCUCAAGCGGCUCAAACUGAACGACUGCAGCCAGAUGUCUGACGAGGCCGUCCUUGCCUUCGCCGAGCACUGCCCCAACAUCCUCGAGAUUGACCUGCACCAGUGCAAGCUGGUUGGCAACGCCCCUGUUACCAACCUCCUCGCAAAGGGAAAUUCCCUUCGAGAGCUCCGGCUGGCAAUGUGUGAGCUCGUGGACGACAGCGCCUUUCUCUCUCUUCCCCCGGGAAUGGUCUUUGACCACCUCCGAAUCCUCGACCUUACCUCCUGCGCCAGGGUCACCGACCAUGCUGUCGAGAAGAUCGUCACUGCCGCUCCUCGUCUUCGGAAUCUUGUCCUUGCAAAGUGCCGCAACAUUACCGACCAAGCUGUCUUCUCUAUCUCAAAGCUCGGCAAGAACCUGCAUUACGUCCACCUAGGUCACUGCGUGAACCUGACCGACGAAGCCGUCAAGCGUCUGGUCCACUUCUGCAACCGUAUACGGUACAUUGACCUGGGCUGCUGCCUGAAUCUGACGGAUGAAUCCGUCACCAGACUGGCUGUUCUUCCGAAGCUCAAGAGGAUUGGCCUCGUCAAAUGCAGUAACAUCACCGAUGUGUCGGUCUAUGCGCUUGCUAAGGCCAACCAAAGACUCCGCCAACGUAGGGACGCAGAUGGAAGGAACAUAGGAGAACCUUACUCGAGCGGCAGCAGUCUUGAACGAGUGCACCUUAGCUACUGCACGCAGCUCACGCUCAAGAGCAUUAUCAAGCUUCUCAACUCCUGCCCUAGGUUGACACAUCUCAGUCUCACGGGCGUACAGGCUUUCCUUAGGCAGGAUCUCGAACAGUUCUGUCGCGACGCGCCACCUGAGUUCACAGACCACCAGCGGAAUGUGUUUUGCGUCUUCUCUGGCCAAGGCGUGUCCAAUCUACGCCGCCACCUCAAUACCGACUCGGCAUUCGCUCACCUCCGCGACGGGACACCGACGGGAUUCCCACGCCAUGCUCAAGUCCCAGCCAACUACGCAUCUUAUGCACAUCCAGGGCAUGCCCACCCCGAUGCAGGCUUCGACGAGCAAGAAGGGGACGUGGUUGACGACGACGACGGACUCGAUGAUGGAACUGAGAUGGUCAUCGACGCAGCACCUCUGGUUGGGCCGAAUACCGGUGUUGCCGGUGCAAGUUUGGACGCCAGCAUAAUACCGCCCCCUCCCCCAGCACCAUCUCAGGUGCCGUCGAUGAUGUGGCCACCACACAAUCAACCUUGGGCACCAGGAGUGUCACAUGCGAACGGCACUCAACCGGCAGCAGGUCCAGGGGGUCAAGCCCCUGGCUUCCAAAGCCCAGAUGUGACUGAUGCUAUGGACAUGAGCCCUGCACGGCCGAGCGCCAGCACUGCUCCGCUUCGACUAGAUGGCCCCUCGGGUGCUGCACAUCUAAGAGACCAGACGGACGGCAGUGAUAACGGUGGCGGAUCAAGUCGGAGCAGCCCUGCUGCCCCAUAA